UGCACCAACUUCCCUGGGACCCCCAAACCCCCUUCCCGGCUCUCCCAGCUCUCCCAGUUCCCCCUUUCGUUGACCCAUGGACACCCCCAGACCCCCCAAAUCUCCGUGUCCCCCCCAGUUCUCCACUCCCUGCGUUACCUGGACGUGGCGGUGACGGAGCCCAGCCCAGGGAUCCCUCAAUUCCUGUCCAUGGGAUACGUGGACGGGAUCCCCUUUGUGCGCUACGACAGCGAGCGGGACCGGCUGGAGCCGCUGACGCCGUGGAUGGCGGCCGGAGCCGAGCCGGGAUAUUGGGAUAGACAGACCCAGAUCUACGAGUGGAACCGAUUCAUUGAUGCCGACAACCUGGAGAUAGCACGGGGCUGGUACAACUGGAGUGGGGGUCUCCACACGGUGCAGCAGCUUUCUGGCUGUGACCUCCUGUCCGACGGGAGCGUCCGCAGAACCCUUCGGUACGGCAUCGACGGGCGGGAUUUCAUCUCCUUCUCCCCGGAGAACGGGACCUUCGUGGCGGCCGAUGGAGCUGCCCGGAUCACCCAGAGGAAAUGGAGAUCCGAUGGGUACGAGGCUCUUCAGCAUGAGCUGGGACAGAGCUGUGUGGAAUGGCUCCAGAAAUACAUCGGAUACGGGCGGGAGGCGCUGGAGCGCAAAGGUGAGGGAGACAGAAUUCCCAUGGGAAUGAGGGAUUUGGGAAUGUGGGAUUUGGGAGGGUGGAACUGA